AUGACCUCCACUUCCUCCACUUCCGGCAGAGCUUCUUUUGGGUCUAAGAAGGCGAAGAAAGAGGCAGAAGAAAAGCAGUGUCGGGAAGUAUUUGACUUAUUCGACAAAGGUGGCACAGGGUACAUACUCAAAAGUGAGCUUGGAUUAGUCCUCCGCAGUCUAGGAUUCCAACUUUCGGAUGCUCAGUUGAAGAAAAUCGAACAGAAAUUCACCGGUACAACGACGAUAGCAGGGAAACCAGUUAUGAUGUUUGUUGAGAUAGAAACACUUCUACUACCUAUGACUACAUGACUGUUUUAUCCGUCGUGUGAGGUUCGGGUAGGAGUAAUUUUUAGUUGUCAAGGGGAAGAUCCAGGAGUUCAAGUCCACUUGUUUUUUUUGUGUCAGUCCCAUACGCAAGAACACUUCUAAUCGUCUGCAAGGCGAUGAAGGCUUGGAUUUUGCACAGUUGCUAGAAGCAAAAAACCUUCCAGAGGUCAAGUCCACAACGCUGGAUAAGCGUACAGACGCGAUACACGAAGCUUUCCAAGUAUUCGACCCGAGAGGGACGGGAGAGGUUCGUUUUACUCUUGUUGUUGUUCUUUUUAUUUGUGUGCUCAGAAAGAUUUUGUUCGUUUGAGAAGAUAUUCUUGAGUCCUUUGGUCUUCCACGGUCCACCUCGUUAUUGGUGUGCACACUCUUGAUGAAUUCGAGGCCUAAUCAUCUGGUCUGAUCUCACAAGGUGUCUGCGAUUGAAAAUGAAUCAUUCAUCAUCGCCAAGGUAAUACUGACGUCGUCGACCCUCUCUCCCAUUUCACCUUCUCUCCCAUUUCAGGUAGAUCUCGGGGAACUAAAACACGUGCUCACAUCAAUAGGGGAGAAGAUGUCGCCUGAAGAGUUCGCUGAAGUUCUAAAAAUAGCGAAAGCCGAACACUUACAACACAUAAACUAUACAGACUUUGUGAAACAAGCUUGCAGUUAACCAUGAACUGACAGUAGUUGUUGAGGCUACAGAUGAUUCGGAAUUAUCGUAAAAAGAAGGUGUUAUAGCGCUCUAUGGAGAUACGCAGAAAAGG